GCCGAGAUAUUGUGCAAUGGCGAUUACCCAUUUUUUGUUGUUGCAUAGCCACCUGUUAAGUUCUGAUAACGAUGGGAAAGUAUAUAUAUUUUAAAAAUAAAGUUGAAUUGCAUCGCAAGGGAAGUUAGUUAAUAAACAGAGAUUGCUUAUAGUGAGGUCGGGCAUUUUUAGUAGGCCUUUACGAAGCCUCCCCGCUUGCAUGAAUCUGCCUGCGGGAAAAACGGUGACAGGUUUCUCUGAAGUAAUAACAUCAUAUUUUAUAAUGAUCAAAGUACUGAAGACCAUUUUAUGAAAAAAAAGUCAUGUUGAAAAAACUGAUUAAAUUAAUUUUAUUGUAUUAAAAAUGCUAUUAUGAGAAUACAUGCAACAAAUUUACUUCAAAACUAAAAUUAAAUCGACAAAAAAAACAACAAAACCACCACCCAAAAAAUGGCAACUCCCAACUAUUCGCGCUCGACCUUCGACCCGAACGUCAUCCCCGGUUCCUUGCCGGAUUCUACCCCCGACUCGGAAGCGACUCCUUCCUCAACCCUUCACCCAGGGGCCACCACCGAUCAGCGCUGCUAUCAGGACGAGACGCACGCAGUGCGCCUGCUGCGGUCACUCAACGCCCUCCGCAAGGACGCCACACUGUGCGACGCCCGCCUUUCUGUGGGCGGAGCGCAGUUUUGUGCCCAUUCGGCUGUUUUGGCGGCGGCGAGCCCCUACUUUCAAGCUAUGUUCGCCGGACCGUUGUCCAUUGCCACAGCCGCUGGUGGGGUCGCCACCGAUGGCGCUGUCGACGGCAGUUGUGACGACGGUGGUGGUGACGACGGUGGUGGUGGUGGUGUUGGCAGUGGGAGUCACGAGAAAGUAGAUGGUGACUCCGACAAGGCAAGCAAGGUGGUCGAGUCCGAGCCUUUGGUUCAAAUAGGAGGCAUUGAUGCGGAGACCUUUGAGAUUUUGCUGAACUACGUGUACACAGGCUCUCUCAAGUUGUCCGAAUCAAACGUCCAGGACGUCGCCAUAGCCGCCGACAUGCUUAGCCUGGCCGGUGUCGUUAGGAUCUGCAGUGACUUCCUGCGGGAGCACAUAUCGGCUGAGAACUGCCUGGGGGUGAUGAUGUUCGCCACCGCCAUCUCCUGUCCCGACCUGGAGGCCCAUGCCUGCCAGUUCUUCUAUGACAACUUCGUUCCCGUGUCUGAGGAGGCGGAGUUCUUGUCGCUGCCCCCAGCCCUGGUGCUGAGUGCCCUGGGCAGCGAGGAGCUGCGCGUGGAGCGUGAGGAGCAGGUGCUGACAGCGGCGAUGCGCUGGUUGCUGCACGCUCCGGCCUCGCGCCGCCUCCACCUCCUCCACAUCAUCAAAGCCGUACGGCUCCCACUGAUCCCGCCCACCACCGUCACCUCGACCGUCGACGCCAUUGAAGAUCUCAGCGUUCGAGUGGCCCUGCAGGUUUUGCUGGAUGAGUAUCAGAUCCCUCGACUGAGCAAGUCCUCCAGACCAACCGCCGUCUCCACCUCUGACUUUUCUCGUCGAGCCAAGCCCCGGAGAAAAGCUCGCAAAUACCUCUACGUCAUCGGAGGAUACACAAGGCAGCAGGGGGGUCGAUGGGGAGACAGCCGCGCUCUGAGCUGUGUGGAGCGUAUGGACACCAUCUCACUCUACUGGACAUUGGAACCAUCUCUCCACCAGGCCCGGAGUGGUCACUGUGUGGUCACGCUCGAUGGAUUCAUUUACGCGAUUGGGGGAGAGAGCGAAUCAAUGAUCUUCGCAUUUGUGGAGAGGUUCGACCCCGUGUGUCGGCAGUGGGCUCCCGUAGCAUCCAUGCUCUCCCCUCGAUGCAGCUUUGGAGCUUGUGCCUGCAAUGGAGCCAUUUACGUCAUGGGAGGCUGGGUGGGUGCCGAUAUAGGCUCAUCGGUGGAGCGUUAUGAUGCGGCCGAGAAUCGCUGGGUGGCUCUGGACAGCAUGGAACCUCCUCGUCACAGCUUUGGCUGCUGCCACAUGGACGGCCUGAUCUACGUGGCGGGCGGGCUGGGCGUGGGCAGCUCGGAGCUCUCGUCGACGGCGUCGUUCGACCCGCGGAGGCAGCGCUGGACGUGGCUGCCUUCGCUGCAGCGCGCGCGCUCCCACGUGGCGCUGUGCGCACUGGGCGGUCGCAUCUACGCGCUCGGAGGCUGGGACGACGCGCUGGGCGCCCUCGACUCCGUGGAGGUGUACUCGCCCGAUGAGGAAUGUUGGCAGGAAGCCCCGCCCAUGCCCUGCGCCCGGGCCGGUUGCGCCGCGGUGGCCGUCGGGGGCCGCCUGUACGUGACGGGGGGCCGCAUAGCCCCCCCGGGGGGUGGGCUCUUCUCCUCCAUGGCGUUGCCAGGCGCAGAGGGCUCCUUGUGGGGGACGGCGCCCCCCGUGACGCUCGACAGCACGGAGAUGUUCGACCCGACCAGCGGCACGUGGCAGACGCUCGGAAGGCUCGUGACAAGCCGCACGGAGGCCGGCCUCGCCGCUAUCUAAACUCGCGCAGGGCCGAGCAGGCUUGAGAUAGACUUUAGCAGGCCCAACUGGACCCUGACUGAGCCAAAUUAGACCUGGAGAGCCAUCAACCGGGAAUUGCUAGGCAUGAUUAGGCCUGAACUGGUCCCACGAUAUCAUGACCAAAUACGGACUAGAACUGAACUGGUUUAGCCAGAUAUUAUUAGGCCUCUUUGGGAACAAGAAGUGCCUAACGAAACCCCAAUCAGAUCCGUUUAUGUCGAGGAUAAUGCAGGAAGGUCGAACUGGAGUUUAACAGGUCCUGCAAUAUCCUGAUCGGGCCCAGUUAGGCCUGACCAGGCAAGACCAGGUCUAAGUGGGCCUGAUAAAGAUUCCUAAUGAGACUGGAGGUUAAGAUUGGGUGUUAGCGGAGGUCAGUGUGUCUGCUUACUAAAUUGAACAUGGAGUUGCACUCAUCUCAGUUGACAAUCACAAGCCUGGGCUAGAAAUUAUAUAUUUCCAUGACAGAGACAAGUCUCACUGUAGGACAACCACGCUUGACUUCAAGGUUGGACCUGUUUAGACCCAAUUAGGCCUUGUAAGGUGUGGUUCUGCACAGCCAGGCCAGUAUUAAUUUUAUUUA